UAGUAUCGACAUAGCGUACUCAGCAUAAAACUUGUAUUCUCCGCAGUAAGGUUGGAUUGGCGUUAGAAGCACGAUUCACAGGCACAUCAUCAGAAGGAAAUUCCAAAACUCAAAAAGUAAAGAUCACAGAUCCUUAUAUUUGCGCCGCCAGCAACGCCAUUACUUACCAGAGUGAUUCACAAGGGUUAGAAGCCACAACUCCCACAACACCAAACGCCAAACGCUAUGCCAAACAUCGAUCAGGCAACCAGUCCAGCUAGUUGACCGAAGGCUCGAAGAGAUCCAGUCCCUGAGCAAGAUUGGCAGCAUUCAACGCCGUACCACAGCAAGAAGAGCAGGAAGUCCUGAAGGAAAGCGAAGGCACUUACUGCAGGUUCAUGCAGAACCAAUCAGGCCCGCAGAUAUCGCACUCCCAGGUAUCACGCUCCUUCAGAUUCAGAUAUGUGUCCUCUUCCUCCGUGGAGGGAUCGGACGUCACCAGUUCCCCGAGCGCUUUGCAGAGUUCCUUGAAUCCGUCAUACGAUUCGUCGGAGGACUUGUGCUUAAUCCCAGCCAACUGGUGCUCGAAAGCACCAGGGAAAGACUCGCUCGAAACAACAGAGUCAACACGGCUAGGGCGAAACUCCGCACACUCUGGAUUGAGCUGCUUCUUAUCCGGACACUCAGGAGCCAACUGCUUCUUAUCCGGACACUCAACAUUCAGCUUCUUCUUACCUAGGAUAGUCGGACGACGCGCCUCACGCUUCGCCUUCUGCAUGCUCCUAGCCGCAAAAGCAACGAAACGCUGCAUCUCCUCCCUCGAAGGCUGCGCCACACAGCACUCGGGAUAUCUCUCGACAAUACGACCCAGCAGCUCAACCGCCACGCGCGCACGAUCCAACGCCUCUCCCUUCGCCCAUUGGCCCUUCAGCAUCCGGAUAUCCCGCUCCAGCACCACCAUCACACCCGCCAAGAACUUGGUAUAGGUGAGAUGGAUGGGUCGCUGGUUCCCCUCAGCACAUUUCUCACACACCUCCGGCAGAACGAAGGCGGUGUUCCACGUCUUGACGGCAAGCGGGCCGGGUUUGCUACACCAGUUAGCAGGGUCGCAUUUAGGGCCGAUGAUGGGCUUGGACUGCGUGUGGCCGCAGGAGUGGAAGAAAUAGUCGAACUUACACAUGUUGACUAGCCGAUUAUGCUGUAUGAAUAACCAGAUCGAUACGAGCAAACGGCAGGGGGAUUCAAUGUGCGAGUUUGGAUGACUAUUGCUUCGAUUCACAGGAACGGGAAAAAUGCGUGAAGGAGAAUACCAGAUCUACUUCAAGCUUUUUCCUAUUCUUGAGAAUGGGCUUCUGGGUUGC